AGCUUCGAAGGACAACUUGUACAAAAGUGAUAAAAUGUUGAAAACGAAAAUUCUACUACUGUUAAUUGUGGGUAUUUUAUAUUACUCUAAAUCUGUGUUGGGGCAACAGACGCCAAAACGACUAGUGUGCUACUAUGAUGCGCUGAAUCCAGUAAAAGAUGAAUACGCUCACUAUUUUGAAAAGCAUUUUCCAAAAGCUCUAUCUAAUUGUACUCACCUCGUAUACAGUUUUGCUCAAAUCCUACCACAAACAUUCGAAAUACGCAAGUUUAGAGUGCAACCCAAGCCGAGAGACUUGAAAAUUCAAUUUCCACAUUUGAAAAUCUUUCUAAGUGUGGGUGGUGAUAAACUGAAUUUAAAAUCACAAUAUCUACAAUUCUUGGAAGCCGGAGUUGUCAAACAGAAACAAUUCAACGAAAAUGCUAAAACAUUUUUAAAACUCAAUCAUUUUGAUGGCUUGGAUUUGGCAUUUCCGCUACCUCACAAUAAACCUCGCAAGGUUCAUACUGGUUUCGACAGAGUAGUGAAAAAUAUUAAGAAAUUGUUUACUGAUGAUGAAAUUGUUGAUGCGAAUGCGGGCAAUCAUAAACUGCAAUAUACGAACUUUGUUAGGGCGUUAAAGAAUGACUUUGUCAAAGCGAAUUUGCAGUUGUCGAUGACGGUAUUGCCGAAUGUUAAUUCAACAUGGUAUUUUGACAUCUUUAAAAUUCAUAAAAACUUUGAAUUCAUCAAUCUCUUCGCCUUUGACUUUCUCACGCCCAAACGAAAUCCAGAGGAGGCCGACUACACCGCUCCCAUUUACUUCAAAAACGAUGCCAAUCGUCUGCCCCACUACAAUAUCGAAUAUCAAGUAAAUCAUUGGAUACAAAAUGGCUGUCCGGCAAAUAAACUUAAUCUUGGUAUUGCCACGUAUGGUCGUACUUGGAAAAUGACAACCGAUUCGGGUUUAUCUGGCAAGCCGGUAGUUGAAAGCACUGCAGGCCCUGCUUAUAAAGGAAAAUUAACACAAACUCCUGGACUUCUUAGUUGGUCCGAAAUUUGCAUAAAAUUAGACACCAAAAAUAUGUUACAAAAAGUCGUCGAUGUUCAAGGUAAAUAUGGCAAUUAUGCCUUUCGGCCGGCUGAUAAAAAUGGUAACGAUGGCAUUUGGAUAAGUUACGAUGAUCCCGAAUUUGCAGGCAUUAAAACGGAAUAUAUUAUGCAGCGUGGCUUGGGAGGUGUGGCCUUGUACGAUUUGUAUCAUGAUGAUUUUCAACGAUUUUGCAUGGGUCCAGCCUUUCCGAUAUUGUCACGUAUAAGCCAGGGUUUAGGGAUUUUACAUCAAGUGCACAAACAUAAUUUGAAAGGACCAACAUAUACAAAUCAAGUGUAUCCGGAAUAUGCUCUAAAGAAACCCUAUCCCUCUAGGUUAUUUUAAUGUUGUUAUUUAAACUCAAAAUAUAUGUAUUUAUGUACAGUGUAUCACAUAAGUAUACAUCAUGACAUUCAAUAUUUUUACAAAUUAAUUUAUAAUAUUAACUAUAAAAUAUUAAAGAUUUGUAUCUCAAUUUAAUAAAAUUUAAAAACCAGAAAUCCUAAAUAAA